UGUUGUUGUACAAUUUUUUUCAAUUCAUUCAUUAAUUAAUUAAUCGCUGAGCACUAAAGCGUUUUAACAUUUCAACCCUCUUAUUUUUAAUAAAAUCCAUUAAAAUUAAAUCUAAUGUGAGUUAUAAUUACAAUAAAGCGACGAAAAAACUUAAAAUUAAAUAACAAAAUCAAUUAACGUAACCAACCUGUGCUAUUAGCAACAACCACAACAACACAAAAUCUAUACUAGACAAAUUUUCAAUGAACUUUAUAAAAUUCCAAAAACUUUUGGAAAAUUUAUGUUGGUAAAUUUUCGUCUAAGAUUUAUGUUUCUUUUUCUUGUGAUCCUAUGUAUAAUUGGUGUAAUAUUUACUCUAUAUCAAAAACCCGAUAUACGUUUGUGUUUUGUUGAUUCUCCUAAUGUAGUACAGUCACAAAGUGUUGGUAAUGAGAAUUCCUCGUCGGAUUUUUGGGGUUUGGAAAAACUGGAAGAUAUUUUGCUGGCCAAAAUACAGCCUACACCAGGUAAAAGUAUAUUUUUUCAUGAAACCUCCUGUCCCCAAUUGCAAAACAACUUAAAAACGUCCACCUCAGUUGAUAAAGAGGCGUUUCAUUGGCAUAUGGUGAAACUAAAUGCUAGACAAGCUUGUGCUAUAGAAUCGGCUGCCCUUCACAAUCAUUCACAAGUAUUUGUAUUAUUUGCUAGUCCUCGCUAUAAGUAUAAUAAUAGUAAUCGUAAUAGUAGUUCAGCGGGCCCAGAAGUAGCUUUGAUAGAUGCUAUCUUAGCCUAUCAAAAUGUUCAUUUGAGAAAUCUAAAUUUAUGGACCUAUGCAGCUAAUACACCCAUUUAUGAUUGGUUGAAGGAUGGAGCAUUGUUUAAGUCUAGUUACGUCCUCUCACACAUAUCGGAUUUUUUACGUUACUUAACCCUCUGGCGUUGGGGUGGCACCUAUCUAGAUAUGGACAUUGUCAUGUUGCGUUCCAUGGAAGAUUUGCCACCCAAUUAUACAGGCGCUGAAUCUAAUACUCAUUUAGCAGCUGGUAUUAUGAACUUUGACUCUGACGGAUUUGGUCAUGAAAUUGCCUAUCAAUGUUUGCAAAAUUUUCAACAAACUUUCGACGGCAGCAAUUGGGGCAAUAAUGGUCCGGGUGUUAUAACAAGAGUUAUAAAAAAUAUUUGCGAUACUGAUAAUAUAGAAUUAAUGAUGGAUACUAAACGUUGUAUGGGUUUUAAGGUAUUUGGCAUAGACGCAUUCUAUGCCAUACCCUGGCUUCAAUGGGAACAUUUCUUUGAGCCGGAACUAUUAGAGCAAACAAUGAGACGUACACAAAAUUCCUAUGUGGCUCAUAUAUGGAAUAAACAUUCGAUUAAACGACCCAUUAGAGUAGGUACAAAGUGUGCAUAUUGUUUAAUGGCUGAAAUGCAUUGUCCUCGUGUUUAUAAGGCAGCUGGUGAAUAUUUUUAAAUGUUUUGUGUAGUUUUUAAUUUUGUUAAAUUAGUUUAAUUAUGGUAACUAUAUACAAAAAUACGUGUAACAUCACAUUCCCUACUAUCCCUAUUAUUUUAACAUAUAACUUGUUUUUAUUAGUUACAUUUUUAUUAUUUGUUUAAUAUUUCUAUGUUUUCGUAUUAAGAAUCUCAAGAAUAAUUUUGAAUCUCACAAAUAUUGUUUUUAAUUUGUUUAAUCGAAUCUCAAAAAUUUUGUUUUAAUUUAUAACCAUUAGCCGAACUUCAUAUUCAUAUUUCUUUUUGAAAAUAUUUGAAAACCAAAGCAAUUUUUUAAUGGACGCUUAUGUAUUUUAAAUUUACUAUAUAUUGUAUGUACGUCUAUAUAUUUAUACAUAUAUUUUUUAUAUAAUUAUAUGUAUAAUAUUGUUUUAUUUAUAAAUGUAGUACAUAAUUAUUUGUUUUAUGUAAGUGUAAUAACAAUUGUAGACAAUAUACUAAAAACUAAAAGAUGAACAAAGAUAAUUUUAAUAAAAUAUAAAUCUUUUUUAUAAGAA